AUGAAAUCUUCCUUCUAUUUUGGUCGGCCACCUCACGCCACUCGACGACCGAAGCGUCCUACGUCGCCUCCGAGACCAGUGGUUGAGCGAAAGUACGAUGCGGAGUCGGGACAAGUCUACUCGGAAGUCGAGGUCCGCUUCAACAGGAAGCAGUACUUUGACUGGAUCGGCGAGCCCAAGACGCCGGGGUUGAUCAAGAAGUCUCGUCCCAACGAGCACGGGGCCCGUUCACUGGCCGACAUGGCAGUGGUGAAGGUCGCCAAACUGCUUCCAAGGCUGACCCCGGAGCAUUUCGCGGCUGUGCCCUGGGCGAUUGCGGAGAAGGUCUGGAAGCAAGUGCUUGCCACACGAAGGGAAAGCUUCCAUGCCUGGAGAACGUUUGCGGCCGCUUAUCCCGGCGAGGAUGAGUUCGGCCAGCCCGAAUACAGAUACCUGCUGGACAUCAAGCAACCGGUGCUCCCACUGUGCGACUACUUAGUCGGCAUCACCUCUCCAGAUUUGAGCUGGUUGACAUGUCUCCGGCUGUCACCCAAGCAGAUGACCACCGUUGACCUUGUUUCGAUUCACACGGUCACGAACUUGGCGGUGCUUGACCUGUCUGACGGCCAAGUCACCAUUGAUAACAACGUGUCCAAGUUUGACGAACGGGUGAUGCGGUCGUGGGCAGAACUCGCCGCGUCGGGGCAGGCGUUUCAACAUCUCCGUGUCCUUUUGUGUGGCUGGCAGGAGUUUGUGUCGGACUGGAUCUUCAGAUAUACAGAUUCCUUCCCAUCCUUGUGCCAUCUGAUUGUCACCGACUGUCCCCGGAUGCACCAGCGAAACCGAGGAGACUGGGAGCCUGUCUCGCAAGCGGCGGGUUGGGAAGCGAGACAUUCCAAGAGAAGUGCCAAAAGUCUACGUCCUGUCAUCGGCAACGACGACUUCUACUAUGGUUCUGUGUCGGGGUGUUACUACGACAGCAUGGCCCUCUUCCGCGACCUGGCGCAUCCCCGCCGGCCGAAUGUGGUGGAGAGGUUGCCGUUGCUGGAAGUCUGGUUAGGAUCUCCUCGUCAGUGGUCACACAUUGUCGACGACUUCCCUUCGACACGGACGGUUUUCUUCGACAAUGUCAGGACUCAGGCAUGGGCGGAACGCGAGGGUCAUUCUUCUCAGGCUGCCGGGCGUGAUCAUACCAAGAGACUGAGAAAUUCGGAAAUGAUUUCACAAGGGACUGCCUCGCCGCCGGCCAAGAGGGGAUCCAAAUCUAGGGCGACGAUGAGAUCAAACGUGCCAAGCGUGGUCGACAUGCUUAAUGAGUUUCAGGGUCGAUAG